GGUUUUGUAUUUAGAGAAUUGUUGUGUGGUCGUUAAUUAAUCUGCCAUAUGACUGUGAGAUUCUGAUCGCUUUACGAGUAGUGCAGUUUGUGGGUAUUUAUACAAGGCGCGGUAGUUCUAUUUAUCCUGCCCCUAAGCUAAGCUAGCGUGCUAACUAUGGCAUUGUUUGUUGAUUGUUAGAGUUUACUAUCUGGUCGUGGUUUUUGCACCGUCACUGUGAAAUACAUUUAUGUGCUUCAUCAUUAUUUUGGAGAUGUUUUUGUGCGUAUGGUCAUUUUCAUGCUUUAAUAGAGCAGUUUAGGAAUCUGUCGGCUUGUAUUUGUGUAGCUAGUGGUCUAGCUUACACGCUGUCACCUUGUCAUAUGAACACACCGUUGAUGAUAUGAUGUCCACACGGGCAUUAUAACACCGCCUUUACAAGUGUCGAGGAGAUAAAAGACAAUUCAGGAUGUCGACAAGACACAAGCACAAUGGUACAAUCUGAGCCUCACUGGGACCAUCAAAUACCCAUACCAAAACUUGGACCAGUUCAGUCAAGGAUUUUAGUUGGCUUAGCUGCCCUGGUCUGUUUUAUGAACAGCUAUGAUGGGGACUUUGUGUUUGAUGAUUCCGAGGCGAUUAUCAAUAACAAGGACUUAAACCCAGCAACUCCUCUUGGUAAUAUUUGGAGAAAUGAUUUCUGGGGAAGUAACCUAAGCAGCAACUCCAGCCACAAGUCAUACCGACCUCUCACCGUCCUCACAUUUAGGCUGAACUACCUCUUUGCUGGUGGGUUGCACCCUGUUGGCUUUCACGUGGUUAACAUUGGCCUCCACUGCAUUAUCUCCAUGUUAAUGAUCGAGGUGUUUGCAAUAUUAAUCGGUGGCUUGGAAUAUGACGGACAUGGGGAUAGACUCAAUCACGUUCCGAAGGCCUCCCUCCUGGCGGCUCUCUUCUUCGCCGUUCACCCAGUUCACACGGAAAGCGUGGCUGGGAUUGUUGGUAGAGCGGACUUGUUGUGUGCCCUCUGCUUUCAGCUCUCUUUCCUCAUGUACUGUAAAGCAUUCCAAGGUUUUAAGAAGACCGAGAAGUUCUCAGUGUUGUGGAUUGGUGUCAGUCUAAUUUUGUGUGCUGUGGCAAUGCUUUGUAAGGAACAAGGCAUCACUGUUCUGGGUGUGAAUGCUGCUUUUGACAUUGUCAUGAUCUGCAACCUGAACAUCUAUGAGCUGAGCCAAAGGCUUUUAUUCAAGAGAAAGUCUGUAGAUAUUGUUGAGUUGAUCAGGACGGGAUUGAUUACUAGACUGGCUCUUCUCUUUUUCGGGGGAUCUUUUCUUUUAUAUGCAAGAUGGAGGAUAAUGGGAAGCGGUCCCCCAGCCUUUACUGAGGUAGACAACCCGGCAUCGUUUGCUGACAAUGUCUUCCUUAGGAUUGUGAACUAUAAUUACUACUACGCCUUGAAUGCAUGGCUGCUGCUCUGUCCCUGGUGGCUGUGCUUUGAUUGGUCAAUGGGCUGUGUACCUCUUAUUAAAUCAGCCAGUGACUGGAGGAUUAUCUGGCCGCUACUGCUGUGGAGCUGCUUGUUUGGCUUGAUAAACCAAGCACUACGCUCAGCAGACAGUCAUAAAAGAAGGGCUCUCACACUUGGAAUGGUGCUGCUGGUGAUCCCCUUCCUGCCCGCCAGUAAUCUGUUUUUUCGUGUGGGCUUUGUCAUAGCCGAACGCGUGCUGUACCUCUCCACCGCGGGCUACUGCCUCACCCUGGCCUUCGCCAUAAACUACAUCUGCACCCUUUGGAACAGUCACAAGAGGUGGGUGCGGGUAGCAGUUCUGAGCCUUCUGUGUGUGAAUAUAGCUCGGUCCAUGUGGCGCAGUCAGCAGUGGAGAUCCGAACAGAGUCUCUUCACCAGCGCCCUGGCUGUCUGUCCACUCAAUGCCAAGGUACAUUACAAUGUUGGCAAAAACCUUGCUGACAGAGGGAAUCAGAAUGCUGCAAUCAAAUACUACAGGGAAGCUGUGAGAUUACAUCCGAAAUACGUCCACGCCAUGAAUAACCUUGGCAACAUACUAAAAGAAAGAAAUGAACUGCAGGAAGCAGAAGAAUUACUCUCCUCUGCCGUUUAUAUCCAGCCAGACUUUGCCGCGGCUUGGAUGAAUCUAGGUAUUGUGCAGAACAGCCUGAAAAAGUUUGAUAAGGCUGAACAAAGUUAUUGGAAUGCAAUUAAAUUUAGGAAGAAGUACCCAGAUUGCUACUACAACCUAGGACGACUGUACGCCGAUCAGAACCGCCACGUGGAUGCCCUGAAUGCCUGGAGAAAUGCCACAAUGUUGAAGCCAGACCACAGCCUGGCAUGGAAUAAUAUGGUUAUACUGCUGGACAACACAGGAAACCUGGCUCAAGCUGAGAUGGUUGGGAAAGAGGCCUUGAAAAUACUACCCGGAGACCACACCAUCAUGUUUUCCUUAGCCAAUGUUCUGGGGAAGCAACAAAAAUAUAAGGAGUCUGAAAGUUUUUUUCUGAAGGCACUGGAAAUCAACCCCAAUGCUGCUAGUUGCCAUGGCAAUCUUGCUGUUCUUUACCACCGUUGGGGAAAAUUACACCUGGCUAAGAAACACUAUGAGCUCUCUUUAAAACUGGACCCCAAUGCUCCAGGGACCAAGGAAAACUACAACAUGUUGAAACGGAAACUAGAACAGCAGCGUCAGAGGACGACUGGAUGAGCCGUUGUGUUUCUGUGUUUUGUUUUGUUUUUUUUUUUCUUUUUUUAUUUGAAUAAUUAUUGCAUGCUGCAAACCACAGUCAUCAACUUUACAUGGUCUGUUCACCAAACAGAAAUAAAACCUCUCCAAGGUUUCUGAUUUA